AGAAACCAGAGAUUCAUUUUCAGGGAAUCAGAAAAAGAAAGAGAAAUUAAUAAUCAAAAUAGUUCAGUUUUCUGGCAGUCAUGCUGAUUGUUUCAGCUCUAUAACCACGACACACCUAACCCAGACCCUUAGCUUAACUUUCACACACCAAAGUGUUAAUUCUAAAAUAUUUUUGCCCCUGCAGUGUGGCUUUGGAUUUUACUACAAGACUACAUGCAGCGGUUGGCUUUAGAAUCUGCUGGAGAAGCAGGGCAGAGCUUUGGCCGCCCGCAGGCUUCUCUCUGUAGUAAUUACAGUUCAGAUCGACAUUGAUCGAUGCUGAACAGCCCCGGCAGCUCCAGCGAGAGCUCCAGUAGCGGUCGUAUCCAGGUGAUGAUGACACUGUUACGGUUAACUGAGUUUUCUUCUGUUGUUGCAGCUUUGUUUAUGUCCACCUUCCUGUGUGUUCCAGGGAAAAAUUCCAGAAACUCUUCUGGGUCAAAAGUGUGAAAGCUGUUAGUCAUGCGGUUAUUUCUUUUGUGUUCCCACCAAAACACUUUCAUCACACUUAAUUUUAAUUUCCAAGCACUCUGGUCUUUUUUCUUUGGAAAAACAUUUUACUUUACAUUUUACUAGCACUGAACUUCACUGGCAGAAUUCGUUUUGCCUGUAAAUUAGAUGAUGAGAUCUAAACACAAUCUACAUUUCUGUAGAUUUAAUUGUCAAACAUGAUUAAAAAGCGGUCAAAGAUCUUCAGUUUCAUGUCUCAGGGUGCUGGUGGUUCUUUAGUGCCUUGUUGUUGCCUUUUCUUUCCUCAUUAAGCUGUUCUACGUUGAUGGCCAUCGACGUCAAAGAGCGCUUGUCGAGAACGAUAUUCCAGGUACUGAUGAACACUGGAUUUAUCUCAGCAGAAAAAGGUGGCUACAGUCCUCAUGGGAUUGUUUCUUUUCACUCAGACAUUCAGGCAUUUGCCACUUCUGCCAUGAAAAAUAAAAUAAAAUAAUCAUAAUAAUCAUAAAAAACAUUUCUUAAAGUCUUUGUGAGACUGAAAGCAGAAGUUGAAGGUGCUGCUUGGAUGUCAUCACUGUGAGGUGAGAGGUUGGAUGAUGAGGUUAAGAGGAGCUGGAAGCCGAGUGGGGAUUUCUGGCUUCAACUUUACCCACUUUGAAGGUGUCUGAAGAAGGAAAAUAGUUGAGUUUUUUUUCUAUCUGAAAGUAUCUGUACUGAAACUGCUGAUGUUUUAUGUUUUUAUUUUUGGUAACAAACCCCACAAGCAUAAAGAUUAAUCAACAGGACGGUGCAUAGUGAAAAUGAACUGCAGUGUGUGUGUGUGUGAUAUCAUGAAAAUGGAGGAACAUGUCACUCAGUGCAGCAGCGUGACUCACUGAUGUGAUGUAUUCAAUAGUUUUUUGGACAACAAUGGAGCUCUGUGGCACAGAGGAAUGAGAUAUAUCAGGCUGUACGCCGACAAUAGCCGAGGAUCAGGUCGUUGUUCACUUUGGUUAUGUUCAUGGGAUUUGAUGACAAUAAAACAAAUGUCCAGUAUCUUUUUCUAUUCUUCAAGUAAAGGCUCAGGAUAACAUCACUAAUGAGAGGGGAGGACAGAACAAAACAUGGAGGGAAAUGAAAAAUUAAAGGAAGGAAGUACAGUGAUUCAGAGGGAGAGAGAGAGAGAGAGAGAGAGAGAGAGAGAGAGAGUGUGUGUGUGUGUGUGUGUGUGUGUGUGUUAUUGAGCUGUGAGUUUUCAGACUGAGAGUCAGGAGGGGGACCGAAAGUGAGAAAGCUUUAAACUGGAUUAAAAGAUCCAGAGCUCCAGAUGGACUGAACUCCAGACCUAUGUGAACUGUGGUGGGACCAGGACUUGUCCUGUACUUCAGACCUGCCAGUCUUGAGCUGGAUGCAGACGACCCAGUCCUGUCCUCUGACAGCACCUGGCGUUUUCAGGAGCAGAGCUGGUACCUGAGUGUUCUCAGGGAAACUCAUUGGAUACUGAAAGCACUAAGGAGUUUGUGGAACUCACUCUUAACGUUUUACUGGACCCUCUGCUGACACCGGACUCGUUCUCGACACUCUGCUGGAGUUCAGUUGUUGGCAUCAGACUUCUCACCAGCGUUAAACCUCUUCUGAACAUCCACUCGUGGAUACUGUAGCAGCACCACAUCCUUUAAGCAUCUGUGGACACUGGAAAAGGUCCAGAUCCUGUGCUGGGCUGUGGGGUGAGCAGUAUGGUGAUGGGGCAGAGCCCCCUCUGCCUGCUGGUACACCAGUUUAAGUCCGGAUGCUCUGUGGAGUUCAGCAAGGGGAGCAACGACAUGGGGAAACAGGUGGAGGAGCCCAGCACCAAGCGCAGUAAACUUGUGUCCCGGGUGACGUCUCUGGCCAACCUGCUGCCGCCCGUCAAGACCACACCGCUGAAGAGGAUUGGUCAGACGCUGCAGCGCUCCAUCAGUUUUCGUAAUGAGAGCCAGACGGAGAGAGCCAAUCAUCAUCCUCCUCCCUCCACCUCCUCCUCUUCCUCGACGGUGAAGACGCGUGUUAUCUCAGCCACAGUCUCCAAUCCUUCCUCCUCCAUGACUGCGCCACGGGUUCCCACGGCAACGGCCCCAGCCGCCAAGCGCCGCGACAGCAAGCUUUGGAGUGAGACGUUCGAUGUCCGACUGGGAGCGACGCAACCUCUGAGCCCCAAAGAGAUAAAAAGACAAGAGGCUAUAUUUGAGUUGGCUCAGGGAGAGCAAGACCUGGUGGAGGAUCUCAAGUUGGCUAAGAAGGCCUACCAUGACCCAAUGCUGAAGCUGUCAAUCAUGACUGAGCAGGAGCUGAACCAGAUCUUUGGUACUCUGGACUCGCUGAUACCCCUGCAUGAAGACCUGCUGAGUCGCCUGCGAGAUGCCAGAAAACCUGACGGGUCCACAGAACACGUGGGACACAUCCUGACUGACUGGCUGCCAUGUCUCUCCUCCUACACUCCAUACUGCUGUAACCAGGUGAAGGCCAAGGCCUUGCUGGACCAGAAGAAGCAGGAUCGGCGGGUGCAGGACUUCUUGCAGCGCUGCCGCCAGUCGCCAUUCAGCAGGAAGCUGGGCCUGUGGAACUUCCUGGACAUCCCUCGAAGCCGACUCAUGAAAUAUCCGCUGCUGCUCAGGGAGAUCCUGAAGCACACACCCAACGACCACCCGGACCGGCAGCACCUGGACGAGGGGGUGCUGAUGGUUCAGAGUGUGGUGGCGAACAUCAACAGGCGGACGGGAGAGUCGGAGUGUCAGUACUACAAGGACCGUCUGUUGUACACGGAGGACGGACAGAGGGACGAGCUCAUUGACCGGUCCAGGACACUCAGCUGCCACGGAGAACUGAAGAACAACAGAGGACUCAAGCUCCACGUGUUUCUGUUCCAGGACGUCCUGGUCAUCACCAGAUCCGUCUCGCUGAACGACCAGCCAGUCAGCUACCAGCUGUGCCGCCAGCCAAUCCCCAUCCGGCAGCUGGACCUGGAGGACCUAUUAGACGGAGAGAUGAGAGUGGGCGGGUCCAUCAGAGGAGCCUUCAGCAACAACGAGCGGACAAAGAACUUCUUCCGGGUUUCGUAUCGUAGUGGAGGUCAGCUGCAGAGCCACUGCUUCCAGGCCAGUGACUCCUUCAACAAACAGCAAUGGAUCAACUGCAUCAGACAAGCCAAGGAGGCUGCAGCUGCACUGACUGGAGACCAGCAACCAGAGACAGGACAAAAUCUGGAGACCGGGCUGUGUGGACAGAUAGAGCUGUGCGGUGAGACAGGCCUGGGUUUGCGCCAUGAUUCGGGACUUGGCGAUGAAAAGGGGAUGUGGGGGGAGAUGGAAACAGGGCUGAGUUUGGAAGGAGAGUUAAGUCUGAGUGUAGAGAAAGAUCUCGGUUCGGGUAAAGAGUUGGCUGUUGAUGGCGUGACAGGUUUGGAAUUAGAUGGUGAAACGGCGAUGGACAGUGAGGCAGAGACAGGUGUGGAGAUGGAGACAGGCCAGGGUGUCUGUGGCGAGUGGGGAUCAGAGCCAGGAGAGCCUUUCGGUGGAGAUGCUGAUGAAGUUUCCACGUCCCUUCUCUCCUCCGAUCCUCCUUGUCAAGAGGAGGAGGAAAGGGAGGUGAUGGAGGAAGAGCGGAGCGGCUCUGAGGAGGGGGACGCGGUCGGCAUGGACACCAGUGAGGAUGACUCGUUGCAGUGCGAGGAGCUGACGCACAGGUGCUGAGGUUGGACCACUACGCUCUGACGGACUGUCGCUGCAGCCAAUCAGAUGGGGGACUUGAUGAUGAUGUCGUCAACAAAGUCAAAAAAUAUCAGCGAUAAGACAAAGUUAAUACACAUUAACCAGCGUGUUGCAGAAUGCUGUAACUGCUGUAUGUGGACUGCUGUGUGGCCUGCUGGGCCUCAAUGCAUUAAGGGGACUGGAUACCAUGUUCAAAGAUGGUGCCCUGUUUUGUUUUAGUUCAAGUUGCUCAUCAGACUUGUGCUGCACAAACUUUAUUUGAGGUUCCUCAGGCUUUCCUUUCUGCCCACAGUGCAGCUUCCCACUGACUGCCCACAGACAUGAAUGGAUCAGAAAUUUACUGAUACAGACUGGAAACAACUGCUCGCAUUCCUAAGUAACUUAAGCUGGAGAAUUUGUGACUCUCAGAAAAGUGUAUUUAUGUUUUUCUGCCUUUUUGAAAUGAUAUAUGUGCUAUCGGGUGACCUGCAGUUCCAACUAUGACCACUAGGCCAAAACAUUGCCUCACUGCCCAGUGCUGUUCCCGGGAAUCUCACCUUUUUCAGGUUGUUAUUGGUGUUCAGUGCCACCGUGCUACCAUGAUCCUCAUAGUUUACCACAUUAGGGGGUGACAUGCAAGAGUGAACAUAUUCUUCAGCUUUUUUGAUCUCAUUUCAUGUCUUUGAUACAGCUAUUUAAUUUGCUCAUAUUUGCACUUGACCUGCCAUUGGACAAACUGGUUUGCUGCCAAAAUUCUUAAUCGGCUCUUAAUCAAUUCACAAAACAGCUGUUUAAGUUACCCUGUGGAAUUCACAGCCAAUACUGAGCUCUAAGUGGGUUGUUUGUAUCUCCUGCUCUGUGCUAGCAUGUGCUCACGGUUGUACAGCCACAAGUACAUCAAAUAGGCAACAAACCUCCCUGCACUUUCACAUUUUAAGCUUAUUCACUGAUUGACAGUUGCUGGAGGUGACAAGUCCAGAGAAAGGUAGCAGUCUGCUAGAAAAAAUGUAUGAAUGAAUGUGAAAAUAAGUUUUGGUUUGUUUGCAAUAAAACUCCACAGGGCACCUUUGAGAAACACUCUGCUCUGCCGGUUGUUUUAUAUUUCAUGAAAUUCUGCCAUUUUCUGGUUCAGGACAGUAAGGUUUCCAGGAAACCUCUGCCACAGUUGUGUUAUAAAUAAUAUUAGCAGGAUUCUCAGGUAAUGAAAUGGAGACCAAGUGAGCCAAUCACAGAACCCAAGUAAAUGGAAGCCAAUAAAAUAGGUUUUCCUGCCCACGGCAGAUGUCAAAGGAGAUUUUAGUAUCACUCACUUACUACCUUAAAGAGAUUUAUUUAAAGCUCUGGCUGGAGGUCUGCCAGGUGGUGUCAGCUUCCCAAAGCCAGUUAGACAGUAAUCAUGUCUAACUUGUAUCUUGCAUUUUGGGGCUGUUGUCCCAGAUCAGUUGAAGGAUUGUUUGCUCUUGAGUGAUUCUCCCAACAUGUUCUGUUUCUGAAACAAUACAUUACAAUAAUUUCUUUAAACCACUUGUAAUGUCUAAAAACACUGGAAAAAACAGAGCUGUGCACUCGGUUCUGAUGCUGUCAAAGUUCCAAAUCCUUCAUAUGCCUGUAAGUCUAGAUUCACAAAGAUUUGUGAAGGUAUGAAUGUGAACGUAUUUGUACAUUCAGCGAGAAUUUGCCAAGAACUGCGAGUCCCAAAAAACAGCCUCCUAUAAAUGAUGUUCAUGUACAGCCACUCUGCAACUGUGGAGUGAGGAUGUGUUGGUGCGGUCGUAUGGGCUUUUGCCCUCAAUAUUCUUUUGUUUUGUUGCCAACACCCACUAUUUUGUUGAAUCAUGGCCUUUUUUCUGUAAAAGAGCUGCCUAUUGUGUCGAACUGCUUUAAUCAAUAUUUUUAAUAUUAGCAGUAAAUAAAAUGACUCUAAUGUGAAUGGUUGUCACAGCUAAGACUUUUGAACUGAGCUUAUAACCUCAUUUAGAUUUGGUUUUAUGGCACAUUUGACUGAGUGAUUCGGUAUCAGUGUUUCCAGCAGCAAACCCUGCCUCUUGUGGAUGGAUGGAUGUUUCCAGCAGCAGGCAGCUGCAGCACCAACUUGCAGACUGAAAAAGUUAGAGACUAGCUGAUGAAGAAAGUGGUUAAGCCAGCUAAAAAGCCGGAUGUUUUUCCCAUGAGAUGGUGCAGACCAAACCAGAGCUAAAAGAGUGUGAAUAUUGCAUGUUCUGUGUCUGCCACAAAUUGGCUGUUCAUCUUGUUCUUCCAUCACCAAAUUUUGAUUAAUGCAGUGUUAACAAUGGUUUCGAUUUACAUAAGAAUACUGGUGAAAAUAAAUUACUUAAAAACAUUGUCAGUUAACAUUUUGCAGGCAUGUACAAUAUGAAGAAAAAAUUCUGACCUUUCCUUCAAGAAAUAAUUUGCUAAUCCCAGUUACUGUCAGUUACUUAAAGCUUUCCAAAUGCAUUAAACAUAUAUUAUGUGGAUUUUCAGUUUUGGCUAUCAGUCCCUACAGUUUUACCACUUUAUCCCGUAAAAUUGUCAAAAUUGUCAUGUCAUAAAGUGAAAUGUUUAGCAUUUUGUCAUGGCUAUCAGAGAAGUCCUGGAGGAGGAGCCUGUUCUGUAUGUACUGUAUGUAAAGAAUGUAUAUUAAGUUUAUCUGUAUAUGAAUGUAAGAACAAAGCCAAGCAUGUCUGUUUGUUCUAUUUGUGCUUACACAUUGUGUGUUAAAUAUGAUUUAAAGUGUCAACACAAUCAGAUUAAUUGUAUAAACUACCGUUUUCAGGAUAGUUGUGAUGCUGACAGCGCUGAUGGUGAUGGUGAUGGUGAUGUUGAUGAUGAUUAUGAUAAGUAUGAUGGAGUGAGGCUACCACAGAGUGUACCACAGUGUUAAGGCUGCCAGACGGUUCCCAAUUUUUUAAAGAAAGAUUAUUUGCACAUUUCAGAGAGGAAAGAGAAGAUGCCCCCAAACAAAACUUGCACAUACUAUCAGAAGCUUUUUAUUCCAUUCAGUAAACACUAAAAAUGUAAUAUUUAGUUGAGGUAUCAACUAAUAUGUGGAUUGUCACAAUACCAAAGUACCAAUAAAUUGUUAGAAAAGAAGUCUGUUGCUCAACGCUUGUCAUGGUUUGAAGUUUCUGUUGAGUUAGUGUCCUGUUUUAUUUUGUCGAUUUUUCUCCUGCUUGUGUCUUCGUUAGAUUUUCAUUUCCCGUCUUUGUUUAUUUUCCCUCCUUUUUUUGUUUGCUCCUCCCUUAUUAGUUUUGCCUGUGUCUUAUUACCCUGCCUUUAUGAUUGCUGCUUUCCCUGUGUUCCCAUUCUCUAUGGAUUAUGGAUCUUCCUGUUUGGAUUAUUCUUUGUUUGAUUUUUUUUGUUUGUUUUUUUUUACCUGCUUCUGUUCUUUUUUUCUUUAACAAGUUAAUUAAAGUUUUGUUCA